UCCUUCACUUCGCUCCCCGACGACCUGCGCUCGGCUGUGCGUUGGGGCGUUCUCGAGCCCACGUAGUAGCUCGCGCUCGCUUCAGUCGAGUACACCGGCGCAGAGGCCGAUUGAACGAGUAGCAUGGAGUUUGUUUCGGCGUGUGGCGUGUAGUGUGCAACCCGUGGCUUGCCGUGUUCGUGAUCCCUCCAGCGAGUAGUAAAACAAAAGAAAGCCGCGCGCGAGCGAAAUAACAGGCGGGCGUCGUGAGCUCUGCACGGCACCGAGCGAACAUGGCGGCCGACGUAAGUGCGUUCUCCACGGCCACGGCGAGCAAGCUGCCCGUGCUAGCGGCCGACCCUUCAUGGCCGCGCUACGUGUACCCGCAACUGAACAACAUGAUAGCCGACGGGGUGAAAGUGGACGGCAGCUGGGAGCUGUGCAUCCACGUCACCGACCUCAAGCUUGACCGCAAGCUGCGAGUCAAGGGAGACAUGCACAUUGGUGGUGUCAUGCUUCAGCUCGUCGAAUCACUCAAUGUCCCAACGGACUGGUCAGACCACGCCCUCUGGUGGCCCGAGCAGAACAUAUGGCUCACACGGACAAAGUCCACGCUCGACCAGUGCGGUGUCAUGGCCGACGCCCUGCUGCACUUCACGCCCAUGCACAAGACGUUGCGCAUCCAGUUUCCCGACCUGCGCAUCAUGGACGUUCGAACGGAUUUCUCGGUCAAGACCUUCUCGGCUGUCGUCAAAGUCUGCAAAGAGCUAGGCAUCCGGCAUCCCGAGGAGAUGUCCUUCUGUAGACCACUGGUGAACGAGCACCUCAAGCGCAACUAUCGUGCCGUCGGCUGCAGCCCGCGCCAGCGCCCCAAGGAAGGCACUGACAGCAUCCAGUUCAACCGCUCGAAGGCCAAUGACAGCAACGGCACACUUGACGGUGCUCUCGGAUCGCCCCACAACUCGUCGGUGACACACUGGAACACGUCGAGCUUCAACAAUGGGAUCCCACCAGGCCUGAACGGGAGCUACCUGACUCCCGACAACAGCUUCAGCUCCCAGUACGAACUUCCCCUGGCCCAGAGCCCCAACAAGCCGCCACAGGACAUCAGGGCAGCCCUGCUUAGGCCCAAGAGUCUCGUCGAGAGGGCACGUCUCAACGCUGGGUGGCUGGACUCGUCGCUUUCUCUGAUGGAGCAGGACGUGCGGGAGUUUGACCUGCUGCAGCUGCGUUACAAGUUCUACUCGUUCUACGACCUGAACCCACGCAAGGAUGCCGUGCGCAUCAACCAGAUCUACGAGCAGGCACGCUGGGCCCUGCUCACUGAGGAGAUCGACUGCACCGAAGAGGAGAUGAUGCUCUUCGCUGCGCUCCAGCUCCAAGUGAACCUGCAGGCCAACAGCAGCCAACCUGACUUCUCGCAAGGCGAAGACGACAUCGAUGCUGCCCUGACCGACCUCCAGGUGACCCUGGAGGGCAGUGCCAUCGCGAGCGAGACCUCCAACAUCACCCAAGUGCCUGAGCUGCACAGCUAUCUGCGAUUCCUCAAGCCCAAGCGAUUCACGUUGAAGGGCUUCAAGCGCAUGUUCUUCAUCUUCAAGGAGACACGCAUGUGCAUCUACAAGUCGAGGGAGGAGUACGAAGGUGGCGGAAGCCCCUCGUACGUCAUCAACCUCAAAGGCUCUGAAGUCACACCUGAUGUGUACCUCGCCCAAGGCAAGUACGGGAUUCGUCUUGAAGUGCCUGGCCCCGAAGGAAUGACUGAAUACUGGCUCCGCUGUGAAACGGAGGACCAGUACGCCCAGUGGAUGGCUGGCUGCCGGUUGGCGGCCAAGGGAAAGACCAUGGCGGAUGCUUCGUACGAGGCCGAGGUGCACUCCAUCCAGCAGUUCCUGCAGCUGCAGAGGCCCGCACCUGCCCCAGCACUGGUGCCGUCUCAGCUUGACAUUGACGUUGAGGACUUUGUCGCACCCCGCUUCGUCAAAAAACUAAAGAGCAAACAGGCCAUUGUUCAAAGGAUUGUCGAAGCGCAUGGGAACGUCAAGGACCUCAGCCUCGUAGAUGCCAAGAUGAACUUCAUCAAGGCCUGGCAGGCGCUGCCCGAGUUUGGCAUCUCACUCUUCGUGGUACGCUUCAGCGGGAGCAAGAAAGAGGAACUCCUGGGAGUGGCCUUCAACCGGCUCAUGCGCAUGGAGUUGUCGACGGGCGAUCACAUCAAAACCUGGCGCUUCAACACCAUGAUGGCUUGGAACGUCAAUUGGGAGGUGAAGCAGAUGAACGUCCAGUUCGAGGAGGACCAGCGUGUCGCCUUCUCAUGCCUCAGUGCCGACUGCAAGACUGUGCACGAGUUCAUCGGCGGAUACAUCUUCCUCAGCAUGCGCUCCAAAGACCAGAACCAGACGCUGAACGAAGAGCUCUUCCACAAGCUCACAGGUGGUUGGGUCUGAGUGACCACAGUCGCGGCUUACUCGACUGCGGCAUUCCGAGUUGGCGUGCAAGACUGCCACAACCUCGGAACGUGCAUUCAUCAUCAACUUGUGACAGCACGCGCAAGCAAGACUGGCAUCUUCCACGGGAGGUCGCCAUCAUCGUGGGUCAGACACAGUGCAAGAAGAUGCCGAUAACUCGCUGUUUGCAUCAGAGACUUGCGUCAUCUUAGUUGGCUGUUGUUGUCACAGUCUGUUGAGUCCAGUGGCAUUGUUGGACUCCUGCACAUGUUGUCGUUGAGACGAUGAGGGAUUGGUGAAGAGCUGGUUCAAGUCGGACGGACUGUUUUCAUCUGCUCAUGGGAGAUAAGCCUGGUGAAGUGCCAGCUGUGAAUUUUUGGUAAACUUGUCUCUUAGGAACUGUGCCCUAGCAGCAUAUUGUUGGCAUGCAGUUGGUCAUAGGCACCUGUGAAAAGGCAGACUCGUUGUUUUGCCUCUUUCAAAAUGCUCAGCAGUACCUUUCAGUGAAGAAGUUAUUACAAUGUUUAAUUUUUAAUUAGAAGUGCUGCUCUGUCAAGUGGCUAGAUGUUCAUGCUUGGACCACUUUGGGAGCAACUACGAAAAAUAUUUCAAAACAGGCCAAUAUGCCACUGUUAUAGCAAGUAUACAUUGUACUACAGGUAGGGUUCGCUUUCAGUAGCAAAACAUGCCAACUGUCGUACAAUGCACUGUCAGGCACAGUUCCUUUAGCGCUUUUUUAUUUCCGCAAGAGCUUAGAACAAUGCACGGUAUUUCUUGGUGAAAGGUAACGCCGAUUGUAUGUUGCCUCUGACAGCACGUGGUAAGCUGUGGAAAUGAAUUGUUCAUCCAACUGCAAAGAUUUAAUUUAAGACGCUGGCUGCCAACACAGCUGAAGCUUUCAUCACAUCACCACACCAUGAAAUGCCAUGACACUUUUCUUUUUCCAUUUCAUAAAACAAGUUUUAUCCCUCCCUAUCCCUCCCUCCUUCGACACCUCUGAAUAAUGAAUAUACCACUGUCGUCACACUAGGAUGUAGUGAACACAGAACUUAACUGUCUGCACAUUCGCAAUUGCUCUAGAGAGCAUGACCCACACUUGGAAGGCACUUACUUGUGGCAAAUUUGUCACCACUGAUCGGUUGUGAUGUCGACGUGUAAUGCAAUUGCAGUGAAUUUCGUAUCGUUGAGAGUGCCAAGUUUUGGCUGAACAGCCUCAUAUUGUACAAUAGUAUCGAGAUAAUCGUUACCAAUCAUGCAUUUCAGGCAACCGUCUUGUCAAAAACUGAGCACACACACACCUUGUGCCUAAAACAGUGCCACGCAAUUCACCUGAAGACAGGGUUACCUGGCCCUAGCGAUAGAGCCAAGCUUACACUUUUCUGUAGUGUUGUUGCCGACAGGAGAGAAGCUCGACUAUGGCCGUUUUAAAUUUAUGGGAAAUCUCUAUCAGACAAACUGAGUGCUGCUGAAAGGAAAGCAUUGAGCUACUAGAAAAUGCUGUACUCUAAUGAAUAAAAUUGGAGUAAUGUUCGACUUUAUGGCCAGCUUUUGCUCCUCAUAAUUCUCAGGGCUUGAAGCGUCUGUUUUCUUUUUUUUUUUAAUCACAUGUAAGUACUGGAAGAAAUGUCUUUUCAGAAAAGUAUCUGCAUGAUCGCCAGAAAGUGGCACUAACUGCAUUUCACGAUGCAAGCAGUUUCUUUUUUCUAUGUCCCCAUGUUGCAACAUAUGCAAAAGAUAUAUAUACCUGCCUCCAUGCAUGGUCAGAUGAAAUCAAAUUCUCUUAACUAGUUGUUAAAGUUUAUUUCAUAUUUACAUACAUACCCUUUAUAUAUAUACAUAUGUAUAUGCAUACACACAUUAAAAUGCUAUAUUAUGUCCUGUAAUUAGUCCCCUGUAAUAAUAUAGAAUGCAAAUGACAAACACUUCUAGAAGAAGCUCCCCAUAGACAACUGCUUCAUUUCAGCACUGCAUUUAUUUGAAUAUACAAUUAAUCCUUUUAUUUUAGUUCUGUCCCGCUAUGAUCUUAGAAUAGGCUCAGUAUAGGAUGGUUACCUUAUGUCAUGGUUGCCUAUGUUUGCACAUGUAAAUAUGAUAACUUCUUCAGCCUUUUCAGCGUUAUGAUGUGCCGCCAAUUGAUUGUGUGCAUUUUUUCUCACAUCUGCAACGAACACAGACUGUGCCCAUGCCAUCAAGUGCUUUUUUUGCGCAUUUGUGCAAGCUUUGUAAAAAAAAUUUUUGUCAAUAUACUUGCUAUUGUAGCCUGCACGGCUGUGCACCCUGUGCAAUUAUAUUAAUAGUUGGUUAGCACUUGUGUAUCGGAUGCUUUUUAGCUGCGAGGCAAGAGUUAGUUUGCUAGCAAAGGGACGACUGCUGGUCAUUUUGCGAUCAAUUUUCCUUUUUGACAAUGACGUUUGUUACACGAAAGGCUUCGUUGAAUGAUGUUUGAGCCCAAUGAUGCUCGGAACUUGUUGACUCAACAGAACUGCCGUGGUUGUUACCUGAAGUGGCACAGUUUCCAACAGACAGAAUUGUUUAAGGAGUGUCGUUUUGAGUCGCGAAAUUUUUGUGAAGUGCCUUGUGAGUGUUUUACAUAUGUUACAGUGUAACCUAAAUGAACUUACUGUCAUCUUCCUAUUUAAGAGAAUAAAGUUUUUCCCCCACAUUA